UCUAUAUAAAAGCUCGGAUUUGCAAUUCUCUACAACAUAUUACAUCCUUCUUCUCUAUGGCAUUCUGUUUUUAGGGUUUCAAGCAGAACGGCAAACAUGGAUGUACAAUCAGCCACGUGUAUGACUCCAUCGCCGGUGGUCCUCUAUGACGAUCUAAUAGCUGAGGUACUUUCUUUACUAUCAGUGAAAUCUCUUUUACGAUUGAGGUGCGUGAAUAAGUCUUGGAGAGCCCUAAUCUCGGAUCCUGUGUUCGUGAAAUUGCACCUCAAGAGAUCAGCAACACGAAAAACGCUCUUCACACUAAUGAAGCGGCAUCCAUUAUCAGAAUUGGUCGACACUGAAAAAAGGGAUGGUGAGGUGUAUUGCCUUCUAUACCCCAAAAGUCAUUUACUCCAUAACCCGUCUUUCAAACUUUCCGUUGAUUCUUACUACCUAUCGAAUGACAAGGACUGCUCUCAUAAAACAGCAGGUUCCUGCAAUGGAUUGAUCUGUUUGACGAGUUAUUCUUUCACCAAUACAUAUCGAGAGUACUGGAUUCUUAUAUGGAACCCAGCCACAAGGACACUGUCUCCAAAAAUUGGGUAUUUUCGCGAUUCUGCCAACUCUCCAAGCGAAUAUUACUGGUUUCGAGAUUUCAACUUCAAGUUUGGCUAUGACAAUUCAACGGACACUUAUAAGGUGGUGGCGUUUCAUAUCACAAAUAAUCUCACAAGCACUGUAAGAAUUCUCACUGUGGGUGAUAAUGUUUGGAGAGAUAUUGAAAGUUUUCCAGUUGUACCUGUGGGGAGAAUAUGCAAGAGUGGAGGUGUGUAUUUUAGUGGAACUCUUAACUGGUUGGCGUCGGACAAUGAUUUUCCCUAUAGUGUUCUUAAGGUUGCUAUAACAGUUGAACAGUUUCGUAUUGUUUCACUUGAUUUGGGGACUGAGACAUACAACCAAUACAUGCUGCCUCGUGGUUUUGAUGAAAUGCCGCCUUACAUGCCAACCCUUGGUGUAUUGGGGGACUGCCUUUGUUUUUCUUAUUCUCCCAACAAAAUCAAUUUUGUUAUAUGGAAGAUGCAAAUAUUUGGGGUGGAAGAGUCUUGGGUCCAAUUUCUUCAAAUUAGUUACCAGACUCAGCAUCCUGAUUUUCAUGUAGUGCCGUUAUUUCUUUUUGAGGAUACACUCAUACUUAAGAGUCAUCAAUACCAUAUACUUAUGAGUCAUCAACGCAAACCAAUUUUCUAUAAUUGGAGAUAUAAUACAGUAGAGGAAAUAAACAUUACUAUUGCCGAUAAUGAAACUACCUGUGAUGGACACCUUGAAACUGCCCUGGAAUAUGUUGAAAGUUUAGUUUCAAUUUUUUGAAAGUAACUUUCUCUUUCAUUGUUUAUUUGUUUAAAUUUAUGUUAAUUUUUUUCAUAAUUAUGAAUUGUGUGAAUAUUCUUUU